GGAAAAAGCAAACCUUGCCAUUACCCUCUACAAUGACAAGGAAGAGAUUAUGGCACAAGCCACUUUCCUGGACUAUCCCAACUGGAAUGUUGCCAAGCAGGAUGACUGGAUACCAUUGUUCAGGGAGCUCGACAGUGAUAUCCCGUGCACACCUCUGAACACGUUGUUCAUGCACCUCUUUGUGGCUGUGGAUGAGUAUUCCGUGGGCUGUUGCAGAGAGAUUAUUCGAACUGUGUUUCAGACAGUGCCGGAACUGCACUUCAUAUUUCUCAUAGUUCCGUCCUACAUGAGCCUAGGCUCAACUCUCAUAACUGUUUUUGACCAAGUGGGGAAUGUUCCAUGUCUGACGUAUGAUGAGGACUUUGCGGUGUACGUAUGCCACAGGCACAACCACUACCCUCAGCUGCACAUUCGGAAGGCCAGGGUGGAAGAUCACGACGAUCUCAUGCCGAUAUUUGCACGCUAUGACACAAUUCUGAAGGAAAUUUAUGGUGAAUACUUCCUGGCUGAACUAAUAGAGGCCCAAGACAAAGAGAAUCAUGCUGUCGUGUGUGAGGUGGAAGGUGUAGCUGUUGGGUUCAUGAGCCUGUGCUCAAGUGUGAACUUGCAGCUGUUGCAUGAGUGCUUUGAUUUGGGGCCUUUCCACGGACUCUGUUUCCCACAUCCCGAUGAUGUUCUGAAACCACCGCAAGAGCCAAGAGUCCAAGGAAGUCAAGGUAUGGUGGCUGUCAGUGGGACACACUGGAAAAUUAACUCCAUGCCUUAUCCAUAG